UCAUGAACUAUCAACAAAGGACGAACGAAUAAUUUCAAAAGCCCGCGUGUUAGAUUUUAAAACUAUGCAACAACAUUAGUCAAAAAUACUACGUAAUGAAAACAGUAAGUUAGUAUAAAAAAAUUACGUCACAUAGACAUUUCUUUGAUAUUGGUCCUAUGUCAAUGAACGAUCUUGUAGAUAUAAUGAACGAUCUCACGUGUUAAUACGUUUUUAGUAAAUUUCUACACAGAUUAUGAAAUUCAAAUAUUCAAGCUUAGAUAAUAUGAAAAAUGAAUACCAAAUCUAAUUUGUUAUUGAUAAAAUAUCCAGUCAAAACAAUUUGUUCUUUUUGUACAAAGAUAUCAAAACCUAAGGCACAAAAUGAAAUAAAUUUUGAUCAAAUUGGAAAUCCGGAUCCUAUUUCGCACUUAAGACCAAUCCUUUUUAAAAAACCCUUCAAUGAAUCUAAGUUGGAAAAAGAAUACAGAGAAGCAAGAGAGAAUAUUCAGCUAUGGAAUCAAACAUUUUGGACUAAACACAACAAGAGUUUCAUACAAGAACGCAGUAAAUUUCAAGAAACAUUGAAGGCACAAGGUAAAACAUCAUUAACAGCGGACGACAUGUCUGUUUUUUAUAAAUAUUUCCUUGACAAAAAUUGGAGACUACACUUUGACUAUAAUAUAUCGUGGUAUAAAAAAAAUAUUUAUCUUUUACUACUCGAAUUGAAAGUUAAAAUAUCUAAAUUGACAUUUAGAUGA